AUGGCGGAACAUAAAAACAUCGACCCAAGAAGUGGAUAUUGUUCUAAAACAAAGAUUUUCCACAGCCUUAGACCGCCGGUUCCAUUACCGCCGGCUUCUCAACCGAUUUCGAUUACAGAAUAUGCCCGGUCCCUCUUCCACGACACCAUCUCAUCCCCCGGCUCCGCCGUCACUCUCGAAACUCCGUUCCUCAUCGAUUCCGCCACCGGCCAGCAGCUCACUCACUCGAGCUUCCUCAACCAAGUCCACUCCCUUUCCGUCUCACUCCAAUCCCAUUUCCCGUCCAUCUCCAGAAACGAUGUCGCUUUCAUCCUCUCCCCUCCGUCCUUCCACAUCCCUGUUCUCUACUUCUCUCUGCUCUCCCUUGGAAUCACCGUCUCUCCGGCCAACCCUCUUUCCACCACUACCGAGUUGAAUCACUUGUUUCAGCUAACUAAACCAGCCAUUGUCUUUACCACUUCAUCUAUUUUGCCCAAGCUUCCUACCUCCUUCCAAUUCAAUACCAUUCUUCUUGAUUCGCCCCAAUUCCUAUCCAUGAUCUCCAGCAAAAGUGUUGAGAAUGGGAACUCCAGAGUUGUCAAUCAAGAUGACACGGCAGCGAUUCUCUACUCAUCCGGGACAACCGGACGAGUUAAGGGAGUCGAGUUGACUCACCGGAACUUAAUUGCGAUUGCAGCCGGUAUGUUCCACAACAGAUACGUCGGAGUUGGGCAAGAAUCAAAUCGUUUAGUCUCCUUAUUUCCGCUGCCGAUGUUUCACGUAUUUGGGUUUUUCAUGCUAAUCCGGGGGGCUGCGAAUGGGCAGACUUUUGUUCUGUUGAAUAGAUUUGAUUUUGAGGAUUUGCUGAAGGCGGUUGAGAGGUACAAGGUUAUGACCAUUCCAGUUUCUCCGCCGCUCGUGGUGGCGUUGGCGAAGUCCGAGCUGGUGGAUCGGUACGACUUGAGCUCGCUCCAGAUGGUCGGCAGCGGCGGCGCGCCGCUUGGGAAGGAGGUUUCUGAAAGGUUCGUGGCGCGGCUUCCAUUCAUCGUCAUAAUUCAGGGUUAUGGUCUAACUGAGAGCACAGGAGCGGGCACCAGGAUGUUAAGGCCUGAGGAGGCAAAGCGUUUUGGAUCUGCCGGUCGCUUGGCUGAGAAUUUAGAAGCAAAGAUUGUUGACCCUGAUACGAAAGAGCCUUUACCACCUGGUCAGCGAGGUGAAUUAUGGCUGAGAGGGCCAACAGUCAUGAAAGGUUAUGUCGGAGAUGCUCAAGCAACAGCUGAGACAUUGGACCCUGAUGGGUGGUUAAAGACUGGUGAUCUGUGUUAUUUUGACUCUGAUGGGUUUCUUUUCAUCGUAGAUCGACUUAAGGAACUCAUAAAAUACAAAGGAUAUCAGGUUCCACCAGCUGAGUUGGAACAUUUGCUUCAAGCUCAUCCUGGUGUCGCUGAUGUUGCAGUGAUUCCAUAUCCCGAUGAAGAAGCAGGGCAGAUUCCUUUGGCUUACAUUGUGAGAAAACCUGAAAGCUCUGUCACUGAGGCUCAAAUUCUGGAUUUUGUUGCGAAACAGAUAAAGGAAAGACUGAAGAAGCUUCAGGCUGCAGCAUCUUCAUAG